GCGCAGUCCCCAGUUAGGACUUGUCGUGGAUAUAUCCCCGUCUCCAGGUUCCUGAAUGACAGGUGACAACUCGAUAUAAGGCAGAGAGAUCGGUCACUUGUGGAAAUGUGCUGCUGCCUCGGUUUCCUGUUCACGCCUCUCCCCACAUCACUCAUCGUCGUGCUCAUCACCAUUGGGAUAUCGGCGUUUAUCUAUGUGCUCACCAAACCCAAACCAGUCCAGCCACCUAUAGACCUCAACCGGCAGUCCAUCGGAACAGAGGGCGGAGCUCGGAGAUGUGCACUAUUAAAGGAUGACACCCUUAUGACGCAUUACUAUGAAGAUGCUAAAACGCUGUAUGAAGUGUUCAUGAGAGGACUGCGGGUGUCAGGGGAUGGAGACUGCUUGGGAUCCCGGAGGCCGAACCAACCCUAUACAUGGAUCACCUACAAACAGGUAGCUGACAGAGCGGAGGUUUUUGGCUCAGGCCUAUUGCAGAAGGGAUGUAAAGCCUCCCCGGAACAAUUUAUUGGGGUGUUUUCUCAGAACCGACCAGAGGUGGUGAUUGCUGAGCUGGCCUGUUAUUCCUACUCUAUGGUGGUGGUGCCUCUAUAUGACACGCUAGGACCGGAAGCCCUUGUGUUCAUUGUUAACAGAGGUGAGCUCUCGGUGGUGGUCUGCGACAAGCCGGACAAGGUCCAGAUCCUCCUGGACAACUGUGAGAAGGGACUGACCCCGGUGCUGAAAACCAUCAUCCUCAUGGAGGCGUUUGGAGAUGACCUGAAGGAGAGGGGCGCAAAGUACGGAGUGGAGGUUCUUCUCAUGAAGGACGUGGAGUAUCUGGGAAAAGAGAACUUUAAGAAACUUGUGCCGCCAAAGCCGGACGAUUUGUGCCUGAUUUGUUUUACAAGCGGGACCACAGGUGACCCGAAAGGAGCCAUGCUGACCCACAAAAACGUUGUAGCUGAUGCCGCCAGUUUUAUUAAAAAUGUGGAGAGCACCUUUGCUCCAAUGACCUCGGAUGUUCUGAUCUCUUAUCUGCCCAUGGCCCACAUGUUCGAGAGGGUGGUUCAGACCGUGGUCUUCUGUUCUGGAGCCAAAGUAGGGUUUUUCCAAGGGGACAUACGUAUAUUAACAGAUGAUAUGAAAGUUCUGAGGCCGACAGUGUUCCCCACCGUUCCAAGGCUGCUCAACCGCAUCUACGACAAGAUACAAAGUGGAGCUAAGACGCCAUUCAAGAAACGCCUUCUGAAGUUUGCUGUGGCCUGCAAGUUUGCUGAGGUGAAGAAGGGAAUCAUCCGGAGAGACAGCAUCUGGGACCAACUGAUAUUCAAGAAGGUCCAGGAAACAAUGGGUGGACGCGUCCGAAUUAUGGUGACGGGGGCCGCCCCAAUAUCGGACAGCGUUCUGUCUUUCCUAAGAGCCUCUCUGGGAUGUCAGAUAUUUGAAGCCUACGGACAGACAGAGUGCGGAGCCGGGUGUUCGUUCUCCACGCCGGGAGAUUGGACUGCAGGCCACGUCGGGGCUCCUCUGCCAUGUAAUUUGCUGAAGCUGGUGGACGUAGCGGAGAUGAACUAUUUCUACUCUAACGGAGAAGGAGAGGUCUGUAUUAAAGGCCCCAACGUGUUUCAGGGCUACCUGAAAGACCCGGAGAAGACAGCAGAGGCGAUGGAUGAGGACGGCUGGCUGCACACGGGGGAUAUCGGCAAAUGGCUUCCUAACGGAACCCUGAAGAUCAUCGACAGAAAGAAGAAUAUCUUUAAGCUGGCGCAGGGCGAGUACAUCGCUCCGGAGAAGAUUGAGAACAUCUAUGUCAGAAGCGGGCCCGUGGCUCAGGUGUUCGUACACGGUGACAGUCUGCGGUCCUGUCUGGUGGGGGUUGUGAUUCCUGAUCCGGAGGUCUUGCCAGACUUCGCGGCAAAGCUUGGCGCUCGUGGAUCGUAUGAGGAUCUCUGUAAAAACCCGGCUGUGAAGAAAGCUAUACUGGAGGACCUGGUGAAGAUAGGAAAACAGGGCGCACUGAAGUCUUUUGAGCAGGUGAAGGAUAUCUACGUGCAUGAAGAGAUGCUGAGCAUUGAGAACGGUCUGCUGACGCCAACCCUGAAGGCCAAGAGAGCGGAGGUAGCAAAAUAUUUCAGACGUCAGAUCGACGAGCUGUACUCCAAGAUCCAGGAAUGACAUGGACUGACCCAACACAACGCAUGCACUGAGACUUGG